AUGAAGCCAACCGCACGAUCGGUAGUUGUUGUCCUUCUGGGAGCAGCUACAGGUCAACAAGACUGGUCACAAUACGUUCAACCAUUCAUUGGAUCAGAAGGCAGCAUUCCUGGUACUGGUGCAGGCGGCGGCGACAUUUGGGUUGGAGCGAGCUUGCCGUUUGGCAGCGUUAAGUUUGGCAUCGAUACCACUGCUGCGAAUGCCAGUCAGGCAGUACUGAACGGCGGCUGGACUCCAGAUGGGAAUGUAACAGCAAUUACUGGCUUGCAUGUUCACGGUACUGGAGGUGCUCCGAAGUACGGAGUUGGAGGACCUCAAAUGCCACUGACCAGUAUUAAAUCACCGAUUAAUCUCCUGGACAACUCGACAUACAGCCAGCCUCGUAUAGGCCACGACGAGGCGAGCGUUGGAUACUUUAAGUCCCAGCUGCAAAAUGGCGUGACGAUCGAGUUGUCUGGGUCUCGUCAUGUCGGACAUAUGGAGUACUCGUUUCCAGCAUCCACUGAAAAGCACAUUCUCGUCGACGUCUCUCACUACCUCCCUGCUCCGCCUGGUGGACCAUCUGACCAGAAGUAUGUUGGUGGUGAGAUCCAUCUUCAGCCUGGCGGAAAGUUAUACACCGGAUUUGGCACGUACAUCGGAGGCUGGAAUAUUGGCCCUCCCAUGACAGUCUACUUCUGUGGAAACUUCGACUCGCCUGCAGACAAGUACAGUACUUGUCGUGGCUACAACACCGAUCCCGUGUCGCGAUAUCAAACGUAUAGCAACGGCCCUAUUCCACAAGCGACGUUCAAUCUCGUAGGCUUGGAUGAGGUCUCGGGUCCAAUGAACGACCGCAUUGGUGCUCUUUUCUCAUGGAACUCGUCGGCGUCUUCGAGCAAGAUUGGCUCAAAGGUCGGCAUCAGCUGGAUCAGCGAAGCAAAAGCGUGCGCUUUCAUCAACGCGGAGGUGCCGCAUUGGGAUCUUAAUACUACCAGGCAAAUGGCUGUCGACGAGUGGAAUAGAGAUGUCUUCAGUAAGAUACAAGUUCCGACUGGGCCAGAAGCAAACGAAACCAAGCUUCAGAUGCUGUACUCGAACCUCUAUCAAACCCAUCUGAUGCCGAGUGAUCGAAUCGGCGAAAACCCGUUGUGGGAGACCGAGGAGCCGUGGUUCGAUGACUUCUAUACACUGUGCACUGUGAGCUUGUACCACCUCUUGCAACCCUCGUACUACGAAGGCAUGAUUCGAGCUUUGAUUGAGAUGUGGAGGCGCCAGGGCUACAUGCCGGACGGCCGCAGUGGGAACUACAAUGGAUAUACCCAGGGAGGGUCGAACGCAGACAAUGUGCUCGCAGACGCUUACGUCAAGAGGCUUCGGGGUGGCAUCAAUUGGACGGACGGCUAUGCAGCUAUGGUCAAGGACGCCGAAGUGCUGCCUUUCAACAACUUCGAUCCAUCCGACAUGACCGGAUCGACCAUGCAAGGACGUGGAGCGCUUGAAGACUGGCUGAAGCUGGGAUGGCUGGCGGAGGACGUCGAUACGAGAUGCGUCAGUCGGACGGUCGAAUACAGCGCCAACGAUUUCGCCUUGAGUCAGGUCGCCAGAGGAGAAGCUGGAGAUCCAACUGAUGCCGCCAAAUACCUUAACCGGUCUGCUGGCUGGCAAUACAUCUGGCUUUCCAAUGUCACAAGCCUUGGCUUCUCAGGCUUCAUGGCGCCGAGACUGUCGAACGGAAUGUUCAAUACCACAGACUAUGACCCGCUCGGCUGUGGUAGCUGCGAGGGAUUAUCUAUCACUAACGAGGGUGUUCCUUGGGAGUACUCGUUCACCGUCGCCCACGACAUGCAGUCGCUCAUCGCAAAGAUGGGCGGCCCAGAGACGUUCGAGAAGAGGUUAGACAAGAUGUUUGAACCUAACGCAGCCCAGCAAAGCCUGGGAGUCAACGGAGCAGGCAUUACGACCAUCUUCAACAUUGGAAACGAGCCAGACUUUGCCACGCCAUACUUGUACAACUACAUCAACAAGUCUUGGAAGAGCGUGCAGAACUCCCGAGAGCAGGCGAAUCUGCAUUUCAACACAUCUUACAAUGGCCUGCCUGGAAAUUCCGACGCUGGUGCACUCAAUAGCUGGUUGGUAUGGCAGAUGAUUGGACUCUUCCCUGUGGUUACGCAGCCUGUGUACCUGCUGCAUUCACCCUGGUUUGAGAGCAUCAGCAUCUCUGUGGGUUUGAACGCCACACUGCGAAUCACUGCUCCCGGGUUGAGUGAUACAAACUUCUGGGUGCAAGGAGUGAAGCUCAACGGGGAGCAGUGGGAUCGUAACUGGUUCAAUCACGACGAGCUAAUGGUCAAUGGCGGUACUUUGGAGUUUGCGGUGGGCGACGAGCCGAAGCAGUGGGAGACAGGGCCUUUGCCGCCGAGUCCAGGACAUGUGGAUCUUGGGGAUCUUGGCUUUUGA